GGAAAUUUUAAAUUCGGUGCAGGACCUAAUCCUCAACCCGCCCAACCAGAAUAAAUUUUCCACGCUAAAGGCUCGUCUCAUUGACGUCUAUUCGGAGAGCGAGACCUCCAAAAUCAGAACGCUUCUUCAAGGGUUGGAACUGGGAGACCAACGUCCAUCCUUCCUAUUAUCACGGAUGCGCGACUUGGCCGGAAACCAUUUUAGCGAAGACCUGCUACAAUCUCUCUGGCUGUCGAGACUUCCUCAUAACGUACAGGCCAUUUUAGCCGCAUCUAAGGAAAAACUCCAACAACAGGCCGCCAUGGCCGACAAGAUAAUGGAAUUAGUCUCCCCCGCUCACAUUCAAACGGUCGAACAUGACCUUGCCACUAUCUCCACCUUGAAGAACCAGGUUGCGGAAUUAGCCCAGCAGGUCAAGAACCUCACAUUAUCCAUCAACAACCAACGCCGCUCCUUCACACGUUCUGAUUACCCUCCCAACAACAGGAGGCGCCGCAGCAAAUCGCGGCAGAAUCAACAGCACAGCACCCUCCACAACGGCAUGUGUUACUACCACGCUACCUUCGGGGAGCAGGCGAGAAAAUGCAAAGCCCCUUGCUCCUUCCGACCGUCGGAAAACUGACUAGGCGGGCGCUUACGGCCAGAAGCCUCACCC